AUGCUUGAACAUUUAAUUCAUGUUAAAACUUGGUUUCCUAAAUAUGAAGCUGAACUUGCUGAACGAACACAUUAUCAUGUUUUUAGUGAAAAAUCAAGUCUUAUAACAUCCUCUAUUCGACAAAUUAAACAAGCAAAAGUUGAACCAACAAAACAAGAACAGGUCAGAUUUUCUUCCUCAAAUACAGACGAAAAUUUUUGA